AUGGGAGCAGAAGAAAUGGAAGAACCCUCUCGUUGGGAUCAGUCCAGCAUCUACGAAGCCAGCAUAUCUGAAGCCAGUAUAUCCGAUGCCAGCAUAUCUGAAGCUAGCAUAUCUGAUGCCAGCAUAUCUCCUGCAAAUUCUCUAGACAAUCUGCAUAUCGGUUCGGCGAAACUGCAGGCCAACAAAGCCAGUCUAAAGAAUGGAAUCAGUCGCUCAUUCUCAGCCAUCAAGGCGUCGAUGAUUCCGUCAAAAGCCUCUGUUUCGUCAAGCAAGGGUAAAGAUGCUGAGUUGAAAACUACAACAACAAUCAAGUCCCAAAAGUCAUCCAAGUCUAAGUCUGCCAUAUUCCCCACGGCUGUGCCUACAACGACAAAAUGGAAAAAAGGGGGAAAGUCAGCAACAGAAUCAAAGCCAUCUCUAUAUGCAACAACGAAAUGGAAGUUCAAUCAAAAGGCAACGCCCAAACGGACAUCAGACAUCACUCCAAAGACCACUCCAAAACCAGCUCUGCCCAAAUUAACCAAAUUGUCAUCAACAUGGAAGUCCGGCCCGAAAACACCAAAGAUGACACCUGAUAUCACUGAAGAGGCCACUCCAAAAUCAACUAUGACCAAAUCAACAAAAUGGCCGACGAUUUGGAAGCCGAGUGUGAAGGCAACACCAAGGUUGACGCCGAAACUCACACCCAAGACCGCUCCAGAGUCAACUACAUCUACAUUGACAAAGCUUUCAACAUGGAAGCCCAAUCUAAAGACAACACCAAAGUUGACGCCAAAACUCACUCCAAAUACCACUCCAAAGACAGGCCCAAAGACCACACCUAAGCAUAUCCAGUCUAAGAAGAGUAUGCUUUCGACAACAAAAUGGAACUUAAGGCUCGAGUCAAGUUCGUCAAGCUCAAAGCUAUCUAUGCCUUCUACAACAAACUUUGGCUCAAGCCUCAAGACAAGCUCAAAGCCAUCUAUGCCUGUGACAACAAAAUGGCCAACAUCAGGGACCUUGCCUGCAACAACGAAAUGGAAAUCGGAACCUUGUUCAACCACCGUGAAAGGACCUGUGACAACACCAAAGGGGACCCUCGUCGGCUAUAGGAGGAGGAGGCAUCGAGUAGAGGAGACGGAAGAGAUUUUCUACUAUAAAGCUCCAUAGAAGCCAAG